AUGGCGAUGAAGUCCAGUGACUACUGUGCAUCCGCCAGGGAGGCUGUGUCCGUGAUCGCGCAGCUGCCGGUGGCCAUGGCGGUGCUCAACGGCGCAACGCUGGUCUUCACCUUCUUCGGCGGACUCUUCAGUGUGCUCUGCUGCGCCGCAGUUACGUUCCUGCUCACCAGCACGCCCUCCUUCUCGGCGCCAGACGCGCCGCUCUUCGUCGACCAGCCGGUGGCAGUGGCUUGUGCUGCCGGUUUCAUCGGAGGUGCUGUGUCGUUGUGCUUCAUGGCCGUCUUUGACAUGGCCACGGAUGCCUUGCUGUACUACUAUGGCCUGGACUGGCUCUAUGGCCGAGGAGGCGAGUUUAGCAAUGCACCGGAUGGUAUCAAAGAGCUGAUGCACGGCAAUCGGCACUGA